AUGCCUCUGCCAACAUCAUCUAGAUCCAGAGAUGGAAUUUUUCCAACAACCAUCUCACCAAUGCGAGUGCCAAGGUUCAUUCGAGCAGUAAGUUCAGGAGCAAGUCUUCUUUCCAGCAUCACUUUGGACGAUGAUUUGCUAUCUUCCGGGGCAAUCAAUCAUGCUCGCUUCCAAAGUUCGGAAACCACAAAACACAGUCGAUCGCUGUCUCCUGUCUCCUCACCCCAAUCGUCGUCUCAUAAGACGACGACGCAAGGAGGAAGCCAACGGCAAAAGUCCCAGCGGGCUCGCCAAUGGUCCGAUGAAGCUUCUACUCUCAAAAUAAAUGACCAUACUCGAAAGGGAUGUUUGAGCCAAAGCGACCACUGUGCCAGGCCAUUUCAGCGUAUGGAACCAGACAAAUCCCCCAAUCGCGAUUUGCCUCCUAUGAUCCUACAACGAAGGUGCACAGAACCGUUGUCCAUGGCUGCGAGGAAGGCCUGCAUGCAAGACUUGGGCUACUUUGAGAGCGGCAGGAAAGCUGUUCUAGUGAAGCGAUUCUCACUGCCAGUUGAGGAAGACUCGUGUGCAUCAAUCCCUCCUCCAUUUGAACGAGCAGCUUCUGAUGAAUCUUAUUCCUUCAUGCCAUUGAAAAUGCCAGUUCGCAAAGCUUCUGUAGAAGAAAUCCGAAUGGGAUGUCACCCGUGUUCAAACGCACUCAAACAGCCAAUGAGACAAUCUUCAAUUCCUUCUUUUGAACACGGCACCACACCAGUCAAUACACGAUAA